AUGAGCUUCAAGUCCGACGACGUGGACGUAGGCUCCAACGCCGCGGGGCAGUCUCACGGUCAUGCAGAUAUGUCUAGCCAUGACCACAGUCUAGCACAUCGCAUCAACAAUUACCCGGCAACCCCUUGGUUACUCGAAGCAUUUUUGCAAACCAAUAAUCGCGCCGAGCGGAUCGCGGCCGGUAGCCCCCGCUCCGGAGUCGGCAUCCUCGGGCUCGGGCUUCUUGAACAUCACAUCAGAUUGCUUCCGACCAUGCGUUCGGCGCAAGACGCGUUCCAUGUGUUCGACCACUCGACGGCAGCAGCAAGCCCCAAAUAUCUUGGAUGGCGGCAGAAAGUGGCAACAUGGCCACUUUCCCAGCAGGAGGCGAUGAAUAAUCGGACCUUUGCUGCUUGA